UGGAGCUCUCAUUUGGAUAUUUUAAGGACUCCAGAAUAUUAAGAAGUAGUUGCAAAACUUUUAACAUAAGAGAAGAGUCUUGAAGGGCUUCCUAGAGGCCCACGUUGCGCUGUUACUGGGGUGCUCCCGCUCUUAGGGAAUGGUGUGAAGCAAGGGAGCGAGGGACCCCCUUAGCUUUGGAAAAAUGAAUGUUUGUCAUUCCUGUUUGCCAAAACCCUUCCUUGCCUGUAUAGGAAUUUGUGGUGCUGGCCAGCCAAGUUUUGUAUGUGCCCAUGUGAGGCCUUUAUGAAGAAUAGUGGAAUCAGUCAGCUGUCCAGGAAACAAUUUUUGUAGGCCUUGAGUAUGGAGGAGCCUUUGGUAUCAGUAGCGUUUUUUGGGUGUGGGAUCUCAGGAGCCCUUCCUAUGGUGGGCAGGGGUCUGCGGUGUAAUGGAUACUCAAUUAUGAAUGAUAGAACGUCACAAAAGUGACUAGCAUGCAGAUACCCAUUCUCUGACUUGCUGGCCCUCUACUGACAUGGCCCACCGGGGUGGGGAGAGGGACUUCCAGACAUCAGCGCGGCGCAUGGGCACCUCGCUGCUCUUUCAGCUUUCAGUGCACGAGCGGGAGCUGGACCUGGUUUUUCUGGAUCAUAGCUAUGCCAAGCCAUGGAGUGCCCACCCAGAUGCCAGUAGUGCUCGCCCCACACGCAUGCUCUUUGUUACUCCCCGGAGGCAACACGAAAGUACCAUUGAAUCAGACGUCCCAAUAGAUGUGGAGACAGUCACAUCAACCCCUGUGCCGCUCUAUGACAAUCAGAAGGCACGCAGCGUGAUGAAUGAGUGUGAACGGCAUGUCAUCUUCGCCAGGACCGAUGCAGAUGCCCCUCCUCCACCUGAGGACUGGGAGGAGCAUGUCAACAGGACUGGCUGGACAAUGGCCCAGAACAAGCUAUUUAACAAGAUCCUCAAAGCCCUGCAGUCUGACCGGCUUGCCCGUUUGGCCAAUGAAGGGGCUUGCAAUGAGCCAGUGUUGCGCCGUGUUGCUGUGGACAAGUGUGCGAGGAGAGUGCGCCAGGCUCUGGCAAGUGUGAGCUGGGACACCAAGCUGAUCCAGUGGCUGCAUACCACCCUGGUGGAGACCUUGAGUCUGCCCAUGCUGGCUGCCUACCUGGAUGCUUUGCAGACACUGAAAGGGAAGAUCCCUACUUUGAUCGACCGGAUGCUUGUGUCAUCUAACACGAAGACUGGGGCUGCAGGAGCUGAGGCCUUGUCCCUCCUGCUGAAGAGGCCCUGGGAUCCUGCUGUGGGGGUACUUUCUCAUAACAAACCAAGCAAGCUCCCCGGCUCUCCUCUCAUUCUCAUUGCCUCCUCUGGGCCUUCUAGCUCUGUGUUCCCCACGUCACGCCGCCACCGCUUCUGGCAGUCUCAGCUCUCCUGCUUAGGCAAGGUCAUCCCUGUAGCAACCCAUCUGCUAAACAACGGUAGUGGGGUAGGAGUUCUGCAGUGUCUGGAGCAUAUGAUUGGGGCAGUGAGAAGCAAAGUACUGGAGAUUCACAGCCAUUUCCCCCACAAACCUAUUAUCUUGAUUGGCUGGAAUACAGGAGCGCUGGUGGCCUGUCAUGUGUCAGUGAUGGAGUACGUCACUGCAGUUGUCUGCCUUGGGUUUCCUUUACUUACCGUGGAUGGUCCCAGAGGGGAUGUGGAUGAUCCCCUCUUGGAUAUGAAGACUCCAGUCCUCUUUGUCAUUGGGCAGAAUUCCUUGCAGUGUCAUCCCGAAGCCAUGGAAGAUUUCCGGGAGAAGAUUCGGGCUGAGAACAGCUUGGUGGUGGUUGGGGGAGCUGACGAUAAUCUCAGAAUAAGCAAAGCAAAGAAGAAAUCAGAGGGGCUGACUCAGAGCAUGGUGGACAGAUGCAUUCAGGAUGAGAUUGUGGACUUCCUGACUGGAGUGCUCACUCGUGCUGAUGGGCAUGUGGGCUCUGAGCCUCGGGAUCAGGAUGCUGAGAAGAAGAAGAAGCCUCGGGAUGCAGCCCGAAGAGACCUGGCCUUUGAGGUCCCCGAGCGGGGCAGUCAGCCUGCCUCACCAGCUGCCAAGCUGCCUGCCUCACCGUCAGGCUCGGAGGAUCUUUCCAGUGUGUCUAGCAGCCCCACUUCGAGUCCCAAGACCAAAGUGACUACAGUGACCUCUGCCCAGAAGUCCAGUCAGAUCGGGAGCGCUCAGCUUCUGAAGAGACACGUGCAGAGGACAGAAGCUGUGCUGACCCACAAACAAGCUCAAGCACAGUUUGCUGCUUUUCUGAAACAAAAUAUGCUGGUGAGGAAAGCUCUUCCUCCCGGCACCUCCUCCUGUCUCUUUGUUCCCAUUUCAUCAGAACAAACAGAAGAGGCAGAGAAAGAGGAUCUUAGGGUCCAGCUGAAGCGCCACCAUCCUUCCAGUCCUCUUCCUGGCAGUAAGACCUCCAAGCGACCAAAAAUUAAGGUGUCCCUUAUUUCCCAAGGGGACCCAGCUGGAGGGCCUUGUACUCCUUCCCAAGGAGGAGCUCCAGAAGCUGCAGGAGGGAAGCCCAUCACCAUGACACUGGGGCAGGCUUCAGCAGGGGCCAAGGAGCUCACAGGGCUUCUCACCACUACCAAGUCAAAUGCUUCUGAAGGGGGUGUCUCGGCCAGCCCAGUGUCCUCAGUGUCCAGCAGCACCACACCCAGUGCCUUGCACACACUCCAGAGCCGUCUGGUGGCCACCUCUCCUGGCAACUCCCUCCCAGGGGCCACAUCAGCCAGCAGCCUCCUUCAAGGCCUCAGCUUCAGCUUGCAGGAUAUCAGCAGCAAGACCUCUGGCCUCCCAGCAAAUCCUUCCCCAGGGCCAGCCCCACAGGCCACCAGUAUGAAGUUACCCACCCCCAUGCAGAGCCUGGGUGCCAUCACCACGGGCACCAGCACCAUUGUCCGUACCAUUCCUGUGGCCACCACUCUCUCCUCCUUGGGUGCCACUCCUGGUGGGAAACCCACAGCCAUCCACCAGCUGCUGACCAAUGGGGGCCUUGCUAAGUUGGCAAGCAGCCUCCCUGGCCUGGCUCAGAUCUCUAACCAAGCAUCAGGCUUGAAGGUCCCUACCACCAUCACUCUGACACUGCGUGGCCAACCAAGCCGAAUCACAACACUGAGCCCCAUGGGCUCGGGAGCAGCCCCAUCAGAGGAGCCCAGCUCCCAGCCUCUGCCGUCCAGUUCACAGCGUCUGCCUCCAGCACCCUGAAGAUGCUGAGUGAUAUGUCCUCCUUCACCGGGUUGGUGAUGGCUGCCAUGCAGUGAGUCCUGGGCACACAUGCUCUCCUGCUGAGCUGUUCACUUAUCUGAAGACCUCUUAAGAUCGCCAUUAUUGUCUCCCUGCCAGCUGUCUUCAGAAUGGGCCUCUGUGUCUUUUGAAACCAUUAGACUAGGUGAUAUGGCACCAGCAAGAGGAACAUUGUCCUCUGGCAUCUAUGGGUCUGGUUCCUGGACUCCCCAGGUUCCUCAGGAGAUCUGGCUCUACCUGAAUCAGAGACAUUUCUUCUCCAGCAUUAACUAUGACUUGACCCAAGUAGCCAUGUUGGACUACUCACUGCAUUUAGUAAAGGAGUUCCUUUUGGAAGUCUCUGCUGCCCCUGCCAGUUUGGGAGGAGACAUCCAUACGUCUUGGGCUUGUUAGGGAGUUAGGAUUGAGAGCCCUUUGCUGAGGACCGGGAUCAUCCUGGCCUACCAACAGUUGUGCAGUGCCAGAGGGCUGGUUUUGGUUUUGGACAUUGCUGUUGCUUUCACUGAGCAGUUAUGGGAGAGCGUGUCCCAUGCAACUCCUCACUACUAAGAACCACAUCGGAUAAUGAGUAGCCUGCUGAGACCUGGGAACUCCUAAGUUCAAACCCAUGAUAGGGUAAAGAGGACUGGGCUGUCAUCUUUCAGUCCCUUUGGCCAUUAUAGAUGGCAGGGAGCAACUGUUAACCAGGAGGUGAAAGCCAGCCCCUUUCUUUUUUUCAUCCUGCUUCGGGCAGUUCCUGUAUCCAGAAAAUCCAAAAAGGCCAGAAAGGCCAAAGAAGAGGAAUGGAACAAAUGAAGUGGUUUGUUUGAAGGAUGUGCCAGUAAGUCCUCUGGAGAAAAUAAUUUGCACCUAUUACCUAAGGAACUGUUGAUUUGACAUGGAGAUCUGAAGAAUUUGCCAAAUCACAGGGAAGAAACCCAAUACCCGAAAUGUCAAUUUCCAGUGCUUGGAAUAGAACAGGGAUAGCCAGCUAAGUUAACAUCUUGGCUGUCCCAGGAAGCUUAGGCAUCAAGAUGAUGAAGACCAUGCUUCAGUGUUUCUAUUUCCAUUCCACGCAACUUCUUGUCUUCUUGCUUAGAGUGGAAGGUUACUGGCAUUGACUCUACUGUGCGGGGCUCUUGGUACCAGCCCAAGCUCUGGAGCAGUGAUCACUGAAGACAGAGCUCUGAGCCCUUCCUUAUGUCCUCAUAAUACUUGUGUGCCAUGGUAGUUUUAGAUUUGAUGUCCUACCUGCCCUCCAGAUCAGGUCCCUAUCUUUCCAUUUGCUAGAAUAUUUCCAGCCAAGGUGACAAUAAAUAGAGCAACCCAGAGGAGACUCUGGCUCUGUUCAGUAUCUAUAGGCAGGAGGGUAUACAGCAUUCCGUGGCCGUGGUCCAGGGUUCUGACCCAUAGUACAGCAUAGAUCCAAGUCAGGCUACCUGUCUGUAGUCAAGGAGCCUCACCUGCCAGUCUAACUGGCAGCCAGGAGGGGGGUACCUAGUGUGUAGGAGUCUGAGACAAGGCAGAAAGGGGUGCUGUGGGCAGAGAGGGGGGCAUGUGUGAUAGGUAUAGAGAGAGUAUCUUGAACCCCAGGCCUGCCCUCCCUGACUUCCUGCAGAGCUGGUCUCAGCAGUGAUUUGCACAGAAUGAGGCUUCCUUCCUGAAUUAGCUUGUAGGUAACUGCUUUUGGAAAUUCAUUUAGUAAGUUUGAGGAAGAUAUGAAAUCUGAAAAGCAUCCAUAGGUCAGGGGUUUGGUAACUUUAUAGGUAGGAUUAUACACCAAUAGGCCCGAGGACAGUAAGACUGAGACUGUAUAUGAAGCUUUUAGGAAUCGUUUAGGACAGGCAGAGGGUCCCGAACAACCCACUCAUGACUUACGAGUAUGGCUUAGGCAGGGCUGGAGUGGUUGCUCCUAAAAGAUGCUGGCCCAGUGUAUGCUGGGGUCAAAGGAAAAACUGAUGCAUUGUCCUGUGUUUGUGCAAACCCUAGUAUGCUUCAUGGUUGUACACCUUGAAGAAAGCCAAACCUGGAAAGGGGAGUUUCGAGAACACUGACUCUUUUUCACCUUGGAGGGACAGGCUAAAGGGGGGAGGUGGCUGAAGUUCUUAGAGUCAUGUCCUUCAACUCCAGACUUCUGCAACCACUCUUCUCAAAAUUUGGAAGGAAGCUUUCCUCUACCCAUCACGUAUCAGACCUGGAGUCCAUAACCUUAGAAGGCAAUACUACCGGCUGAGAAUGUAGAAGGAUCAAGAAGGCUUUGGUUAAAUUCUUAACAUUCAACAUGACAGGUGCAUGUUGAUGCUCUAUAGAAGAUGUCCUUGUGCUUGAAGAAGAGGUCACUGAUGGAGGAAGAUGAUCUACCUGUUCUUGGCCCCACCACCAGAACAGUCUUGGGCUGGGUGGGUUAUAGAGCUGAGCCGCCGUCACGGUUCUGUUCUUAGAUUAGCAAAAACAAUUAAAUAAAAGCAACUUUGGAUUUCUUUAA